AUGCCUCUGAUCAAUGGACUGAAGAUGGCUUGUGAGCCAUGUAUACGAGGGCACCGAUCAACGAAAUGUACACACGCGAACGAAAGAUUAAUGGUGCCUGUACGAAAGCCUGGCAGACCGUUGAGCGCAUGUCCCCAUCCUCGUGGUCAGACAUGUGGUUGUGGGAGUGUGACUGCUGCCAUACCAAGGAAGCAAACAUGUCAUUGUGGUACACCAGCGCAGGGCGCUGCACAAGUAGUUCCACGACCCGCGAAUGGCACAUCAGAUCUACCAUCUCCAAGCAAGCCGUCCUUCAAGGUCCAGAAGACUUCCAGACCUCCGUCGAGCAGGAAGCAAUCCUUCGAUCCAUCGAAUCUCGAGCGGAUGGACAUGAAUCAUGUCAACAUACAACCAUUUGAGCAAAGAUCCCAAACAGUUCCAACGACAUUCACGAAUGGCUAUACUAUGGCCAACCCCGCACCGGUAUAUGGUUUCACCCCACAGUAUGCCAAUAUACAACCACAAUUUGGAAUGGUCCCAAUGCAGCCACCUCCUAACCGCAAUGGUAUCGAUGGAUCAAAUGGCCAUAUGCCAUCGACGAAUGGAUACAGCAAUGGUGUGCAUCACAACGGGCUGGAGCAUGUUAUAGAGAGUCCGCUGGCAAAACCUGUAACAUUUAAGAGCGGUGACUCUGGAAAGUUCACCAACGAACAGUCCUACACGGAGCCAGCCAAAAGUGGGCCCAAUGGCAAUGUCAUCUCGAACGGUGGCUCCUGCUGUGCACCGAAACAAGGCACACAUAGUCAUUCUUCAAGUUCAAGCUCGAUAUCAGAAACUCGCGAAACUCAAGGAGGAGGGUGCUGUGGAUCCAAAGCCGACAAGCCGAUAUUCAAGGAAGAAACAAUGUCAAAUGGAACUUCCGCCAAAAACACACCUCACCUUGCGCAUCAGACGUUACCACAAAACGGACUACCUUUCAAUCCAGUCAUGUAUCAGCAAUUCGUAUCUCAACCCACCAUCUUUACGUAUCCACCAUCCUACGGAUCGUGGCAGAAUCCAUUACAGCCCUCGGCAUGGCGAGAUGGUAUGCGAUCGAAUUAUGCACAAGGAGAAAUUCCUCUACCUCCGAAUGAGAUGCCAUUUAACACACCUAUCAUGCCCGCAUCGCUGGACACGGUACACACUUGCAGCUGUGGAGACACCUGCCAAUGUAUUGGUUGUGCAGCACAUCCUUACAAUGAUGCAACGCAAGACUACGUCCGGUCUGCCUACGCAUCAAUGUCCAUCGAAAAGGCGUCGAGCGAAGUGUACAGUAACGGGCAGCCAGCAAUCCAUGACGGGACCAACGGGCAUGACGCAACGCAAGGGCAGAAUAUUGAUCCCGUCGCUUCCCCUACGGCUCAAACACCUUCAAGUACAACAUCUGGAAAUGCAGACGACCAGAAUCUGUCAGCAGAUAACUUCCUUUUUGUCAACUACCCAUUCACGGGCGAAGGUUGCGGUGGUACAAUGCAAGAGUGUCCUUGCGGAGACGACUGCGAGUGUAUCGGCUGCACCAUUCACGGAAACCAAAUCCAAAACAUCCCAAUGCCUUGUUGUGGUUCACAGGACGAUUGUCCAUGUGGUGACGAUUGUCAGUGCAUUGGUUGUGAAAUCCACAAAAAUACUUCCGGGAGUUGA